GCGUGCAUCGCGCAAGUCGUGUACGAACGACUGAUAACGUAUUGUUUGCAACCAUUGUAUCAUAAAAAUGACAUGGAAAAUCGGUUUGUGCUGUCAUAAUUCUUAUCUAAUCGCUAGAUACUAAAAAGCCGGGUGUGUUUCGUUUGUUAUAAAUCCACCGUUCGUCCCAAUAGACGUGUUUUAGAUAGCAAAAUAAUGAAUUUAACACCGCAGUGUUCCAUUUGAAUUGUCGUGAACCAAGUGGGAUCGAUUUUUAGGAGUUAUUAAUGAAAUUACAAAGGUGCUUGUGAGUGAUAUUGUUACAUAAAGGAACCUGUUUACUGGGCGUAUGGUUACGCAGCCUGCUUCAAGCUCUAAACGUUCCGCGCUUAGAAUCGAUAUAAGUUGAUAAAAAAUGCAUAUUUUCCCCAUAGUUUCAUAAAGGAUCGGGUCAAUACCGUGCCGCCGGCUCAAUGCUUUUGCUUCUGGUACAAAUCAACAUUUGUUUAUGCUCUACCUAAUUUGUUAUGUUCGACUGUGACCGUUUGUAAUGAAUUGCCUUGGUCUUGGAGUGAUGGUGAUUGUUACGUUUGUUCGUGCCCUACAAUAUCCAGCAAUACGAAGAGAUCCAGCAUCACGCGAAUGACUUCAAGAUAUUCAAAUUUUAGAACCUCAGUUAAAUUAAAAUUAGUAUUAUGUGAUGUGCUCUAGUUCAGUGACAUAGUUUAGUCCGCCAUUUUGUUACCAUGUCGGCCAUUUUGAGUGUCGUGCGGGUGGGGGUCAGUGACCUGGUGGUGCGAGGGCUUCUGCUGCUGGUGUUGGCUGUGUAUUCUUCUUAUGGCGGGGGCUGCACCUUCCCCGAGAGCUGGACCGGCAGCUGGUUCCAGUCAGGGUACCCUGGACUCAUCGUCAUCAACUCCACGCACAUACAGUCCAAGGGCGAGUGCGCGGAGACGGAGUCUACAGACAAGUUUCUACUUUACGACAGAAGCGACGACUCAUACAGAUGCAUGGUGAUACAUGAAAAGCACAAAUAUGUACUUCAAUAUAAAGAAAGUCCCAGUUGGUCCAAGGACUCGUUAUCCUCGAUAUGCGAGCAGAUCAGCGGCGACGCGCCCCUCUACUCCAUGUUCAGGAAGGAGCCGCGGCCGGUACCGCAGCCCUGCCCCUUCCAUCCUGCGCCCUUCACGUUCACUUAUAACAGUAUUGGUAAUCGCUGUGGCGACGCGCCCCUCUACUCCAUGUUCAGGAAGGAGCCGCGGCCGGUACCGCAGCCCUGCCCCUUCCAUCCUGCGCCCUUCACGUUCACUUAUAACAGGGGCACAGGUGACUGCACCAAUCCCCCGUCGCGUGCCGAAGCGUGCACGGACGACUCCAGGUUACUGCUGCGGUACAUGGCUUGUCCCGAUGUGCCAGGGACAGAGAGCAAUGUGGAGGAGCUGGUGUGCCUGGCGACGUGGAAGGAAGGCUCGACCAGGUACCUGGUGGGGCAGAUAUCGCAAGUGCGGCGGAACUCCAUCGUCUCUGAUGAGGACACCUACAGGUGCUUCAUCUACAAAGGGCAGCACAGUGACAAAAGCAUGACAUACAACAUCGCCCAGUCCGGCGACGCGACAUGCAACGGCGUAUCGUCUCCGACUGAUGGCAGUCGGAUUAUGAAGCUUACCACCAGCGACGACGAGCACAACCGCUGCCACUUCCCGUCGUGGAUCGUGGAGCACCACAAGUGGUUCAGCCUCGACCACCAGCACCAGUACCACUUCACCACCAAGAACGCCACGCUCAAGAUCAUGAACGGCGACAGCCUGGCCGAGGAGAAGCGCCUGGUGUGCCACUCCAUCUUGGAGCAGGCUCGCGACCGCGUCACGCUCGUGGCGCACGUCACACGAGGAUGCGAGUCCGGCCACGUGUGCCUGAAGUUCUACCAGCGAGCCAGCGGCGUGCUGGAGCUGCAGCAGGGCUCCGCGCUGUGGGAGGCGCCCGACGACGCCUGCGCGCAGCCCGAGACCCCGCCCUACGUCACGCUCAUCACGACGUACCUGACGCCGGCACGCUGCCCGGUGUUCGGACGCUACUCCGUGGUCAACUCGCUCGCCGACCGGCGCAAGCGGCGGCAGCAGACAACUAUAGGCGAUCCAGAUCCUAACGAAGCAGCUGAGUGCUACCAAGGCUCGUACGACAGUGCUAGCUUCAACUGCGGAGCCUCGCAGGACACUAUUGAGUUUAAGUCGCACUGCUUGACUACUGUGUACACGUGCUACGGCAGCUGGCAGGAAGGCUCGCUGGGCUUCGUGGUGGCGGCGGCCGGCCCGCGCGCGCCCCGACCAGACACAUUCUGCUUCAUCUACACCGCGCACGCUGCUAACGAGUCCCGCUCCAUGUCGCGCGGCUUGUCUCUGAGUGCCGCGCGCGCUUGCUCGCGCUCGCUUAUUCCCGGCGCCGGCGGCGAGCGAGCGUAUAACCUCACGCUCAACGGCACGUGCGAGCAGAGCAGCAAAUACAACAGCGACGCGUCCCGUCUCACUUCCACGGCUCUGAUCUUACUGUGCGUGCUCGCUUACAGAUGAUACCGCGGCGCGUAGGCUGUUCACCCUUGUGCCGUGGUUUGGUUUUAGAUUAAAAAGUAAAACGUCAACGAUUUUGGCGCGCUCGUAAAACGUCAAUGUCAGAUUUUGGCGCGUUUAAAUUCGGGCUUGGAAUUUGCACAGAUUAUAAAGCUUGAUGUCGGUUUUGGAAUGAUUUUUUUAGAUUUGCGAUAACAUCAAAAUUAUUGACCAAUUUUAUACAUUUUUAAAGCGGAAUGCGGAUUGGUUUGGUAUUAGGAUAUGGAAUAAAAUUUAUGAAAAUGUACCAGUGAAAAAAUUUUUAUAGUAAUUAAUUUUAUCCGUCAAAUAACACCAUUGAAAAAUCACUCUUAUAUCAUCGAAAACAAAGAUUAAGUUUGGUUGAAUAUAAACACCUUGAACAUUUAAAAAAAAUACUAAAGUAGGUAUUCCAAGUCCGAAUCUGAAUUGCUGAAUCUAUGAUUUUUACAUAAACAA